CCUGUCAUAGGUACUUCUGCUGUUAUCAAGAUGACGAGGACGAGGUCGCCGUCGACAAGUAGGAGGAAGGAAGAGGCGAUGGAGGAGGACGAAGAGGAGGAGAAGACGAUGAAGGAGGAAGAAGAGGAGGAGGAGGUGGAAGAGGAAGAGGAGGAAGAGGAAGAGGAGGGGGGAGAGGCGGAGGACAAGGAGGAGGAAGAGGAGCAGGCGAUGAAGGGAGAAGAGGAGCACGGUGAGGAGGAGGAGGAGAAGGAGGAGGAGGAGGAGAAAGAGGCGAUGGAGGAGGAGGAAGAGCUGGAGGAGGAGAAGGAGGAUUAGAGGAGGAGGACUAAGUUGGGGUAGCGGCUGGCUCCCCUCACCUCCGGCUUUUUGUGUUUUUUUUUCAAACAAUCGGCUGACUCCCCUCCCCUCCACCUUAAUCAAUCAACCAAUCAAUCAAUCAAUCAAUCAAGAUUCG